AUGGCGGUGGGGCCUGAUUCCGCCGGCAGUAGCAGCCACAUCCCUGAUGACAUACUCUUUUGUAAAAUUCUCAUACUACUCCCUGUGAAAUGUCUUGUGCGCUUCCAGUCAGUAUGCAAGAGUUGGCGCAGAACUAUACUCAGUACUCAUUUUACCCGCUGCCACCUGGAGCAUUCUAGGACUAGGUUGUCAAUGGUGGUUGUUCCCCGAGGGUACCAGAAGGACUAUAGGAACAGUAGCAUUGAGGGUGUCAGUUUCUACAGUUUCCAGCCUGGGCAAAGCAAGGUUGCUGAACUCAUCCUAGAGAAGAGGUGUCCCGGUGGAAUCCCGAUCUUCACCAUUCCUUUGCAUUGUGAUGGGCUCAUUCUGAUCCCUUGCUUUAUGGGACGGAUGUUUGUGUGUAACCCGGCAACCAGGGAGUUUGUUGAAUUGCCACAAGGAAGCCAUAGUACUGCUGGGGAUAGCAGGGUCGCCUUUGGUGUUGACCCUUGUACUGGUAAGUACAAGGUCGCUAGGCACUUCUACCGCUCAUAUGCCGAAAUCCCACAGACAGAUGGGGAAGGCAUAGUUCUGGAAUACAGUGCUGGGCAUGAGAUCUUGACCAUUGGUGAUGGAGCAGAUGCUUGGAAAUGGAAGGCUACCGUGGACCCACCUUAUGCUAUCAGUGCCAAGACUCCGAUUUGUCUACCUGGGUUCUUCUACUGGAGCGCUCUCCACUCCAUCACCAGACAUGGCAUCCGCAAGAGGUGGGAGGACGAGCUGGUUCCAAGAACAAGCAGUGCAACUGGCAGUUCGGCCAAAACACAGGAGUUCGCCGAGCUCCAUAUGUUUUAA